GAACUCACUCGUGUCGGUGACCCCGAGUGCUUAUUAAUGACGGAAUGAAAGUUUAGCAUCCUCGCCGACAAAGAAAUGGAGCAGAUGGACGACUACAGGGGGAACUAAUGCCCGUCACUCGGUCAUUCGGAGAGUCGGUGACACGCUUCGCCCUGGAAAGAUCCCUUUUGCUUUUUGGCCCCCCGUUGACAUUCUUCUCUGCAGUCUUGUACCCACCCUCUUUCUCGUCCCUCCCUAAUCCAACGGAAAAAGAAUAUCCGUCAGAUUCUCCGACAGUGUACGACAGAACAGUAUACUCACUAAAUUUACUCCCAUGCUACCAGAGACUGAAUCAGACACGCAGACGGUGACGCGCGGGCGCCAGCGCCCGGGUGCCGCGUGUGACGAGUGCCGACGACGAAAGCUGCGCUGCGAUGGGCAGCACCCACAGUGCGGCGUGUGUCGCGACACCGACGUGGUAUGCGAAAUUACUCAACGCGGUGUCCGGGGUCCUAAGAAGGGUCACUUGAAGGCCCUGAAGAACCGCAUUGUACACCUAGAGGCCAUGCUCGAGACCCGCUUGCCACCCCGGCCGAAUCUACAAGGCGAUUUUCGAAACAGCCAUGAUGACGAUGGGAGGACUGCAUCCUUGGGCUCGGAUCAUGAAGUGUUUGUCUGGAACGGCUAUGGGCUGCAAGAGUCGACUCUGACGGCUGUGUCGAGUAAUCUGAACUCCUCCUCUCAAUCUGCAGCGCCUACGGCGCCUGCAUCUCACCUGCACUUGUCUGAAAUGAUACGGGCUGAAUUGGACGAGCUGUACUUGGACCGUGUGCACCAAUCGAUUCCGAUUCUCCAUCAAAGACGGUACUUGUCAUGGUCUAAGUCUAGCAACAAGACGGCCUCCCAUCAAUGUCUUCAGUACUCCAUGUGGAUCCUGGCCUCGAUGCUGUCCGCGCAUUCCCGGCACCUGGUUGAGCCCCUCUACCAGCAGGCCAAGCAGAUGCUAGAAGAUCUCAGCGUUGAAGCUAAUGAUAACAGCCAUUUCAACACAGCACUAGCUCAGGCAUGGGUCCUGGUCGUGACUUUUGAGUCCAUGCGGGCGUAUCACCGUCAAGCGUGGAUGAGCGCCGGUCGCGCAUUCCGCUUAGUUCAGGCCUUGCGUUAUCAUGAGAUUGAUAACCCCAUUGACAAGCGUGGACCCUCCUCCCCGCAAUGCGGAGACUUUAUUGAAGUGGAGGAGAGACGCCGAGUUUUUUGGAUGACUUAUUUUCUGGAUCAUGUUAUCAGUAUGCGCGAUGACUGGCCGAUCACUCUGAAUGAACACGUGAUCUGCACCCGACUUCCAGCUCCAGAUGCCGACUUUCAAAGUGGAAGCCAUGAUCUUGGACCAUUACUGUCAGAAGCCAUGACAGAGCCCACUCUCAAAGUCCGAUCUUCAUUCAACGAGUGUCUUAUCCUGGCCACCAUCUGUGGUCGUAGUCUUCUACAGAGUCAACGGUAUCAUGUUUCCAAAGCCUAUGGGGAUACGACCACGAACUGGAUGGAGCAACGCAGGUGGCUAGACAGCAUCCUCACGAACAGGCUGCAAGUCUUAUCGCAGUUCUACCCACCACCGACGGAAUCAUACGAUCCUCUUUUGUUGUUUGCCAAUAUCCUCGGCCAAGCCACGGUAAUCUACUUUUGCAAAGCAAUGAACGAUACUACCGCAGAUGGCUCACUGGAUACGAAUAAUUCCGAGUUCAUUCAGUACCAAUAUCGCGCAUUGGAGGCGUCCACCAACAUUAUCAGUCUGGCAUCCAUCUUACGAGACCUGCCUUUUUCGAGAGUUCAUCCAUUGACGCCGAUCCCUCUGCUUCUCUGUGCAGAAUUCUUAUACAAUGAAAUGCACAAUGAGACUUUUCAACCCCGACUGCAGGAGCUAUUCCACGUCCUUCGUGAGCUGAAGAACGUCAAUAAUCCCGAGCAGAGCUAUCUAGAUCUACUGCCGCAUUCUUGCAUCUCUAAGUCUGCGGACUUAUUCAAUCAUAGUGUGGGAACGAGCACACCAAAUAAUUAAUGAAUGAGGUUCUUAUCAAGCACAUCGUAUGUGAGUGUGAGAUUGGAUACCGCGGCUGAGAUGGAAUUUGUGAGAAUCGAUCGACAACCUUGAUCGCUCAACUUCAACAUUGAUACGGCCUCUAAGAUUUCUCUUCUGUUCCUGCGCCUUCAUUCACGGGCUUUUCUUCAUAUUUUACGAAGCUAUAGUCCGCUCGAUCAUAUGUUCUUCGACCGUCAGUGCGUUUUCAUCUUCGUUAAUCCCUUUCCUAUAGACUACAUGCAGAGAGUAAAACUUGAAGUCAAU